CUUCACAUCACAUCAUGGCGGGCGCAAAGAAAAUUGUCCUCCCCGAGGACGGCAAGAAGAACAUUCUCAUUACAUCCGCUCUUCCAUACGUCAACAAUGUUCCCCAUCUCGGCAACGUUGUAGGCUCAGUCCUCUCAGCCGAUGUCUUCGCUCGCUUCUGCCGAGCUCGAGGCUACCAAACCCUCUACAUCUGCGGGACGGACGAGUAUGGUACUGCUACUGAAACGAAGGCCUUGGAAGAAGGUGUCACUCCCCAGGAGCUUUGCGACAAAUACUACAAAAUACACUCCGAAGUCUACGAAUGGUUCAACAUCUCCUUUGACCACUUUGGUAGGACACCGACACAGCAGCAGACGGACAUCGCCCAGGACAUGUUUCUGAAACUACAUAAGAAUGGGUACUUGAAAGAGGAGACUACCUUGCAGCCAUACUGUGAGACACACAACAGCUUCUUGGCGGAUCGCUUCGUCGAGGGCACAUGCCCCAAACUGCUGGACGAUGGCACACCAUGUGCAUAUCCCGAUGCCAGAGGAGAUCAGUGUGACAAGUGCGGGAAUCUUCUCAAUCCUCUAGAGCUCAUUAACCCCAAGUGCAAACUCGACGGAGCAACACCCGUGCCUCGUGAUACAACACAUAUAUUCAUUGAACUCGACAAACUCCAGCCAGCGAUAACCAAGUGGUUCGAGGAGAGUUCACAGAAAGGGUUAUGGUCGUCGAAUGGAAUCCACAUCACCCAGUCAUGGCUGAACGAAGGACUACAGCCUCGUGGUAUUACCCGAGAUCUCAAAUGGGGCACCAAAGUGCCCCUUGAUGGUUACGAAAACAAGGUUCUAUACGUGUGGUUUGAUGCCUGUAUUGGAUAUGUCUCUAUUACAGCCAACUAUACAGAUCAGUGGGAGAAAUGGUGGAGAGAUCCGGAGCGUGUGAAACUAUACCAAUUCAUGGGCAAGGACAAUGUCCCGUUCCACACCGUCAUCUUUCCGGGCUCUCAAAUCGGAACUGGAGACAAGUGGACUCAGCUGAACAUGCUGUCAACCACCGAGUAUCUGAAUUACGAGCACGGUAAAUUCAGCAAAUCAAGGGGUAUUGGUGUUUUCGGAACCAAUGCUAAAGAGACCGGCAUUCCUCCAGACGUCUGGAGAUACUAUCUGCUUGCCAGGAGACCUGAAACCAGCGACUCCGAGUUCGAAUGGGAUGGUUUCAUUGACGCAAACAACAACGAGCUUCUCAAGAACUUUGGAAACUUUGUCAACCGAGUCAUCAAAUUCUGCAACGCCAAAUACGAGUCAGUGGUACCAGACUGGACGAAAUACAUGGAACCUGCCUUCGAGAACUACAAGAAGGAAGUCAAUGCCGCGUUGGCUCAGUACAAUGAAGAACUCGAAGCAGUCAAGAUCAGGGCCGCUCUUGCGACUGUGUUGCGCGUCAGCAGUCUCGGCAACUCUUUACUCCAGCACAACAAGCUCGACAACAAGCUUGCAGCCGAAGAGCCAGACAAGGCCGCAGCAGUUAUAGGCCUUGCCCUCAACCAGAUCCACCUCCUCGCAUCGCUCGUCGAGCCUUACAUGCCCGAAACAACUACUUCCAUCCUCAAGAUGCUCAACCAAGAUCUGCUCAUCAUUCCAGAUGUUUGGGAAGUGGGCAGCAUCGAGCCUGGCCACAAGAUUGGCCAAGCUGCUCUUCUCUUUAGCGUCAUCAAGGCCGAAAAGGAACAGGAAUGGCGAGAGCUCUUCGGCGGCGAAGCACAGAAGAAGGCAAAGGCCGAACAGGCUGCGAAAGCCGCCGCCAAGAAAGUCAAGAAAGAUAAAAAGAAGCUGGCUAAGAAGGAGAAGGCGGCGAAAGGCAAGACGGGAGGCGUGGAAGCAGCUAAGGUGGGAGGCGUGGAGGCGGCUGAAAAGGGUGCAUCGGAGCAGCUGCCGGCGGGCGAAAGUGCGGUUGAUCAAGUCACCAAGGGCGUCGAGCAGGUUGUGUUGCCUUCUUCGUGAGCGAGUCCAGCCCUCGUAGCGGUUUAGACGUCUUCUUCUGUGGUCGGGGUGUGUUUGGAUCAUAGGGCUUCUGUUUUUAUGACUUGUAAGAGGAAAGCUGGGUUAUUUGGGGAGUUCACGAGCGGAUACCCGCGCAGCGAGUGAGCGCGAUUCAACAUGCUGCAAAAAUACAAAGAUACGAUCUGUACUACCUAAGCACGGC